GAUCGGAGCAGACAAGAGCGGCGGUCAUUCAAAGCCCGACCAGCGUGCCGAGCACACUUCGCGCUUUCGUCCCAACCUUCGUCCUCGUGGCUCCCACAAAUCGCAUCGUUCGCGAGAUCGUCGAUAAAAAAAAAGAUCGUAAAUUUAGAGUAGUGCGCGAUAUCAUCGACGACGACGUGACGACGUUCCAUUCCCAACCCCGUCCCCCAACAGUGCUCGAGAGUUUGAUUUUUUUUUUUUUUUUUGAACAGCGAUCAGAGAAAAGCUGGCCGCAAACGCGAGAUUCGAAAAAAAAAAAAAAAACGAGAUCGCACCAUGGCCGGCGUCUGAGAUCGAUCCUCCACAGUGUGCAGUGACGUGCGCGCCAAAUUUCUCGUCGCAAUUCCUCGCAAUUUCCUGAAUUGACUAAUUAAAUCGCGACACGUUCGCGAAACAGAAAGAAUGUCAAAGUCAGGAAGCAUCAAAGAUGGCGAGAAGGGACCGUACGAUCCGGUUCCGACCGCCGAAAAAGAUGGCGGCAACGACGAGAUCAAACUUGAGGCGAAAAUGUCGCUUGUCAACGGCAUCACCGUCAUCGUCGGUUCCAUCAUCGGUUCUGGAAUUUUUGUUAGCCCGACCGGUGUUCUUAAGUAUACCGGAAGCGUGAACGCGAGUCUUCUCGUAUGGACAGCGUCCGGAAUUUAUUCCAUGAUCGGAGCUUAUUGCUACGCCGAGCUCGGGUGCAUGAUCAGGAAGUCGGGUGCGGAUUACGCGUAUAUAAUGGAAACUUUUGGACCCUUCUUGGCGUUCAUCAGACUGUGGGUUGAGUGUAUGAUAGUGCGACCGUGCAGUCAGGCGAUCGUAGCCUUGACUUUCAGCGUUUACGUCCUCAAACCGCUCUUCCCGGACUGCACACCGCCUGACGACUCCGUAAAACUGCUCGCCGCCUGUUGCAUAUGUGUUCUCGCUUUCAUCAAUUGUUGGGACGUGAAAUGGGCGACGAGAGUGCAGGACAUCUUCACGUACGCCAAACUCGUCGCACUCUUAAUCAUAAUUACGACCGGAGCGUAUCAGCUUUGCACCGGACACACGCAGUAUUUCACGUUUGACAAUACCAAUACAGAAGUCACGUCUAUAGCUCUUAGCUUUUAUUCAGGCUUAUUCGCGUACAACGGCUGGAACUACUUGAACUUCAUAAUUGAAGAAUUGAAGGAUCCUGUUAGAAAUCUGCCAAGAGCCAUUGCCAUUUCGUGCGUUCUCGUUACCGUUGUCUACGUCUUCACGAACAUGGCCUUUUACACAACGCUAAGUCCCGUUGAGGUGCUCGGUAGCGAAGCUGUGGCAGUGACAUUCGCGAAUAGACUGUUUGGCGUAAUGGCCUGGAUAAUACCGGUGUUCGUGGCUCUAUCAACGUUCGGCGCGGUCAACGGCAUUUUACUGACAUCUUCACGGCUUUUUUAUGCGGGUGCCUGUGAAGGCCAGAUGCCCGAAAUAUUGACAAUGAUCCAAAUUUCCAGGCUAACACCCACACCCGCUGUUCUGUGCAUGGCUCUACUGUCCAUGUUGUAUCUGUGCUCUUCCGACAUCUUCGCUCUCAUCAAUUAUGUUGGCUUUGCUACUUGGCUAAGCAUAGGCGUUUCCGUUCUCUGCCUUCCGUGGCUCAGAUGGACCCAGCCGAAUAUGUCAAGGCCAAUCAAAGUGAAUCUGAUCUUUCCCAUUUUCUACAUUUUGGCUACUCUCUUCGUUACAAUAGUUCCCAUGUAUGCUAGUCCCGUUGAAACAGGAUAUGGUUGCCUAAUGAUACUCUCCUCUGUGCCGGUCUAUCUUGCGUUCAUCGCGUGGAAGAACAAACCCAAGUUCUUCCAACAAGGAGUAGUAAGCGCCACAAGACUGCUGCAGAAAAUAAUGCUGGUGGUCGGAAAGUCUAAACCCGCUCAGGUGUAAUCAGUCAAGACGGACCGGAUCGAGAUCGGGAAGGCGAAACAAGGAAGAAUCUUCGAAUUAUGUCCAGUGUCUUCUUUUUCUUUAUCAUCCAAAAAAAAAAAAAAAAAAAAGAAAACAUAUGUUGAUGGUGAAAACCUACGUUCACAAUAUUACUUCAACGACAGUUGAAAGUAAAAGCAAAAGUUUAAAUCAAUAUUAAUUAAGAAGAAACCAACACAGAAAAAAAAAGCGUCCUACGACAAGAGACAGCCAUAUUGUGUCCAGGGGCGCGAUAGAACGAAAACCAGGCUCUCUCGCCUUCCAGAUCUGGAUGUCAUCAUUUAAGAGCGGAUUCGCCUGUCUGAUUAAGUCUCGAAAUAAGGCUGUUUGUCUCUUCGUUCAAUCCAUGGCGGUGAGAUAUGCGCGAUGAUGAACGACACUGCACACCUUUAAAUUCAUUAAUAAUGCAAAACUCUUAUUGACAGAAAAAGAAAAUUGAUUGUCAAAGCAGAAUUAUUAAGCGCGGUCUCACGCGAAAACUAACGUCAAAUGUACUUUUUGCGUAAAGUUUGCGUUAAAAAUGUGGGGUAAACAGAGUGAGUAAAACUUCUAACGGUUUAAAAACAACGCGAUAUACAUAUCGUUUCGGGAAAGAAAAAAAAAAAACGGACGAAUUUUGCGAUCGCAGGUUUCAUCGCGAUUAUAUCCAUCUCCGUGCGAUAUAAACUGUGUUAUAGAACUAUAGCGAAAGAGUUGAACUAAAAACCGUCCGCUCGGUGUGUGUGCCAGAAAGUUGAGAUAACGUUCGAAAUAUCGCCAUAUAUUAAUUAAGAGCCGUUAGAGUUUUAGUCAUAGGGUUUUCCUCUCCAAUUACUAGUGUUUGCCGUACACGUACACGUUCCUCGUUGCCUGUUCCUCGUUAUCUCAACUUCGGAGGUUUCCCCACUCGGACGCGCACUCACAAUUCGAUAAAAAAAAAAAAAAAAAAAAAAAUCAUAUACC